GCUGCUAAGCUCUCGAACAGCGAAAGCUUACCUAUUUUCGAUAACCUGUUUCUAGGAUUUGAGAUCAAUAUCAUGAGUGGCUGUUGUUGGAAGUACUUCGGUUCGCGGCAUUCGUCAGAUCGAAUCAUGUCGGGAAACACUGCGGGCGUCAGGGUGCAUGUGUGCAGUUAUAAUGUUGGGGGUCACUGCCCAUCAGAUGAUCUGGACUCUUGGUUGGGUCUCGGUGGACCUGAAGCUGACCUGCCUACAGUUGUGGCUGUUGGGCUUCAGGAGAUGUCAGAAAAAAAUGAUUGGUCAGUGGAGCUUCUCAAGGUCUUCCAUAAAAGGAACUAUGUCAGGGUUAAAAUGCGAACGUUAGGAUGGCUGUUGCUGGUUGUUUUUGUCAAACGGGAUAAUCUCAAGGAUAUCGGGAAUGUCGAGUCAGAAAGAACACGGACAGGCUUCGGCUACGUUGGAGGAUUGACGGCGAAUAAAGGUGCGGUCAGCAUCCGAAUGGAUCUGUUUGGGGCAGACAUCAUCUUCGUCAACAGCCAUUUUGCUGCCCACAUGGACAGUACCGAAGACAAAUUAGAGAAAACCGUCAAACACUCUGUUUCGGACUACCACAGUAUUCUAAAAGCACAGACCUUCCGUGAUGAGGACGUGGACUAUCUGCUGGAGCAUGACUAUGUCUUUUGGAUGGGUGACCUGAACUUUCGCCUCGAUACGCUCUCAAAGGAAGAUGUCGAGCUGAAAAUCACUGAAGGAGACUUGAAGUCAUUAUGGCCACAUGAUCAGUUGAACAAAGCACGAGAGAAGAAUUUGAUAUUUCAUGAUUUUGAGGAAGGUCCUCUGAACUUUCCUCCAACGUACAAGUUUGAUAGGAAGACAGAUCUGUAUGAUACAAGUUCUAAAAAGCGUAAACCAGCCUGGUGCGAUAGAAUAUUAUGGAAGGUCCUCAAGAAUUCGCCAAAGGGAACAGCAUUUAGUGCUCGGCAGCUUUCAUAUCAUAGUCAUCCACAGUAUCAACAAAGUGAUCACAAGCCAGUCAGUGGACUCUUUGAAAUACAGCUGCUGAUUGAAGCGCCCCUUCUUCCUGUACAGUUCCACCCAAUCAAGUCAUGGAGCCAAGAAGAACAGGCGUCGGCUUUCUAUAAAUACGUCAGCCAGUUAGAAGUGACCAAGAAUGACUGGAUUGGAAUAUUCAAGCAUGACUUUCGGCACUUCGGUGACUACGAAUGUCGUAAAUACGUCGCUGGCAAUAAGGAACGUAUCAAACAAGGGAACCAGCUACAGAUUGUGUUCAAUGACAGCAGAGUGGAUCAGCUGGAUGGCAAAUAUAUCCUCGCCUACUUCAGUAAGAAGAAAAACUGUCUGAUGGGGUACAGCAAUGUAUUCGAGGUUCAGCCAAGGCAAAAGAAACCUGAACCAAGUCCAACUCCGAGGAAGAAGUAUGAAAAGAUAUCCAAGGAUAUGGAGGACUACCGUGUACUUGCUGAGAAGGGACUUGUGCCGAUACGAGUGAGGAUUUGUACGUGGAACGUGUCUUUCCAGGGUCCUCCCAAUGAUAUGAAUGAUUGGCUGGGCCUGGAUCAGGAUACACUUCCAGGGGUGGUGGCUAUAGGUUUGCAGGAAAUGGAGGACAGGCAUGUUUGGGCGGACGGAUUGUUGGAUGUCUUCUCUGAGAAAGAUUAUGUGUUGGUGAAAAGCCGUGAUUUGAUGUGGCUGCUGCUGCAUGUGUAUGUGCACAGAAGCUGUCUACAGGGUGUGACAAAUGUUGAAUCGGAGAGAACAAAGACAGGCUUUGGUGGACUUAUGGCCAACAAAGGAGGUGUGAGCGUGCGUAUGGAUCUGUGCGGCAUCGACACAAUAUUCGUCAACAGCCAUUUUGAAGCCCAUCUGGAUAACGUGAACAUGAGGAUUGAUGAUUACAAGGAUAUCAUCAAGGAUAUGACCUUCAGAGAUCCAGACACUGAUCGACUGCUCGACCACAUAUAUGUGUUCUGGAUGGGGGACCUCAACUUCAGAAUCGACACGUUCGAUAAAGCCGAGAUAGAACGGCGAAUUACGAGAGGGGAAUAUGAGUCUCUACUUCCUUUUGAUCAGCUGAACAAGGCACGAGAGCAAAAUGCAAUCUUUGAUGGCUUUAAUGAGGGUGCUAUAUCAUUUCCACCAACUUACAAGUUCGACCCUGGAAGUAACUUGUACGAUACAAGUGUCAAGCAACGGAAGCCAGCAUGGUGUGACCGUGUCCUCUGGAAGGUGAAGACUGACCCAGAGAAUCUCGUCAACUUUGAAGUGAAGCAGCUGUUGUAUUCCUCCUUCCCAUGUCAGCAGAUGAGCGACCAUAAACCAGUCAGCUCAGAGUUGGAAGUAUUAGUUUUAAAGGAGCCGCCACAACCACCUGUGAAGUUCUUUGAGGUGGAUGACUGUCAUCUCGGAGAUGAUUUGAGGGUUGAAUUCUGUUAUGACGAAAGUGAGGACCAGAUCCACAUCUCUAGUCAGGACUGGGUUGGCUUAUUCAAGGCUGAGUUUUCCUCCUUCGAUGAAGCCCUAAUUCAUGAGCGAGCUUCAGGGAAAGACAAAUGCAAGCAGCAACAUGUGAAAUUCUCCAAGCAGGAUACAGAAACUCUCACGCCGGGGAAGUUCAUCCUUGCUUACUUCAGUAAGAAGAAGAACUGUGUUGUUGGAUAUAGUAAUUACUUCAUGAUCAAACCUUCUGGGAAAUCAAGGACUAAAUAGUAACAAAACAAAAGAGGACUUUGACCUGAGAACCUGGAUUUUUGACUUGUCUCUCUUUGUUAGGUGCCCUUCUGGAUGGAAGAGGUUGAUAUGUAGUGCAAAAUGUUUCCCCGAAUUGGUGUUAUAACACGCCAGUUGGGAAUCUUUGCUUCACUGCUUAGUACAUGUAUGGAUAUAUUUCUGUAUUUCUAGAUGAAAUCUCAGUGAGACACUUAAGAAUGACAUAAUUCGUUUGAAAUUCAUACACUUUGUUGUACAUAUUUUUAACUGUUACACCAUUUGUAUGUAUUCAAAUUGAUUUGUAUAUCUAAUCUGAGUAUGAAAUUUGAAUCAGAAAUCAUAGUUUAAACUGCAACAAUGAAGUUGAAUUUCUAUACCUGGGCAGCAGACAUUUUCGUGAAAAAAACCAAAGAAUUAUUUAGCAUAUAUUGUAAAAUAUCUAAUUUUUCAUAGAGAUUUUAUGUGUCCUUGUACAUGUGCUCCUGGUAUUAUGAUUUGAUAUUGUUUUGUAAUCAUCAGAGAGAAGUAAGUGUAGUCUCUGUGUGUAGUGUGGUUAGAAAAUACUACUUGUUUUCAUGUCUUGUUGUAUGUGAUUCUACUGUGUAAAGACAUAGCUAUGCAUGUGCAUGUGCAUGUGCAUGUGCAUGUGCAUGUGCAUGUACAUGUGCAUGUACAUGUACGUGUAUUAGUGGAGAAGUUUUGACAGUAUAGCUGUUAAAUUCGAAACUUUGCUGUUAGAAAAUUGGUAUGAGAGAUAUGAUGAACAGCCAGUAAACAACUGGUUGAAACGUCAUAGCCUCAAGAGAACUAAUUAGUCAAUCAGUAUGAUAACCCAUGUCCAAGGAAAUGGUGGAGGGUUGACUUUGGUCCAUGCUAACAAAGUGCAAUUAUUUUUCCAAAUAAGACUGUUUUGUGUUCAGUAGAAUUUAUACUUAGUGGUUCUUUGUCAAAUCGAUGUUAUUUGACAACUGAGGACUGUGUUUAUAGUGGAAGUGGUUAUGCAAACUUGGGGGGGGGGGGGAGGCAGGUUGUUGUAGCCACUGCUGAUACUCCAAUUCUACAAUUCUCUAUUGUAAGUGUAUUAUCAGAAUUUGACACCAUGACAAUACUUUCAUAACAGCUUGUAACUCAGAGCAGCAUGUCGCUAUUGUGAUGUGGCUUUUAUUUAUAGAUUUUGCUUGUUACAGUUUAUGGUGGAGAGCACUUUUUUUAUGUUAUACAAUAAACUAUAUUAUAUAUCUAUCAA